UCCAAAUUUUAUUACUGCGGCAUUUAAUCUUUAGCACCUUUAAGAAUAAUCCAAAUGAAAAAGAAAAAAACCAUCAAAAUCAAAUAACACAGAAAGAAGAAAACUGUGUCAGAAAGUUGAAAUCUUCACGAGAAAAGCUCUUUAUUUCCAGUUCAAAAGGAAAAAUAUUGUUUUUUUUUUUUGGGUGGUUGGAGUUUGGGUCCGGGUUGAGCUAAAAUUCGGAUCCAGAAAGCAUGUCAAUAGAAUCAAGGUCUGGGUCAGCUGAUCAUGGUAUCAAAGGAGUAGCAACUCAUGGUGGAGGCUAUAUUAAGUAUAAUGUUUAUGGUAGCCUUUUUGAAGUUUCCAGAAAAUAUGUUCCUCCUAUUCGCCCCGUCGGUCGUGGUGCUAAUGGUAUUGUCUGUGCCGCCGUGAAUUCAGAGACACGAGAGGAGGUUGCUAUCAAGAAAAUCGGCAAUGCAUUCGACAACAGGAUCGAUGCCAAGAGGGCAUUGCGAGAGAUCAAGCUUCUUCGUCACAUGGAUCAUGAGAAUGUGAUCGCCAUUAAAGACAUCAUACGGCCUCCAUUAAAGGAGGACUUUAAUGAUGUCUACAUUGUUUAUGAACUUAUGGACACCGAUCUUCAUCAAAUCAUACGAUCUAACCAGUCGUUGACGGAUGAUCAUUGUCGGUACUUCCUAUAUCAGGUUUUACGAGGGCUGAAAUACGUACAUUCAGCAAAUGUUUUGCACCGUGAUUUAAAACCGAGUAAUUUGCUUCUGAAUGCGAAUUGUGACCUUAAAAUCGGAGAUUUCGGACUUGCGAGGGCAACAUCUGAAACUGAUUUUAUGACAGAAUAUGUAGUUACUCGUUGGUACCGGGCACCAGAACUGCUUCUGAAUUGUUCUGAAUACACUGCCGCAAUUGAUAUUUGGUCGGUGGGUUGUAUUCUCGGUGAAAUCAUGACUACACAACCCCUCUUCCCCGGAAAAGACUAUGUGCAUCAGUUGAGGCUUAUCACAGAGCUUAUAGGUUCACCCGAUGAUUCUAGUCUUGGUUUCCUUCGAAGCGAGAACGCUAGAAGAUAUGUUAGACAGCUUCCGCAAUAUCCAAAGCAAAAUUUUUCUGCUAGAUUUCCUAACAGCUCGUCUGGUGCUGUCGAUUUGCUCGAGAAGAUGCUUAUCUUCGAUCCCCAUAGGCGCAUUACGGUCGAAGAGGCUCUAUGCCACCCGUACUUGGCACCUUUCUACGACAUCAACGAAGAGCCCAUUUGCCCGAGGCCGUUCAAUUUUGAUUUUGAGCAACCGUUGUUUACCGAAGAAAUCAUCAAGGAGCUCAUCUAUAGAGAAUCUGUAAAGUUCAAUACAGAACCAAUUCAUUGAGACUUUUGUGUGUUUGUAUAUGCCAUUUAAGGGUAAAACUAAAAUGGAGCUUUUGUACUACGAGUCAUGUUAUAUUUUGCUUCUUUUAUUAAAAAAAUAAACAAAUUAGUCUGUGUAUCUUAAAUUAAAGAACAAACCGAUCCUUUCUAUUAAA